CACAACAUUCAGUCGCAGAGCGAACCAGAGCAGACCAAGAUCAUCUCGAGCAGUCGUCACAAGGCGUUUGGCAGUCCAAAAAUAAACCAAAGUCAUCGAAGCUACGAAGCAAAGAAGGCACCUCUAAAAAUUCUGCAAAAAAUAGAACAUAAAUUUUCCAUUUUGUGCGUAUCGAUUCGGGGACAAGUGGGUGAACUGCGUAGUUUGCCGGGAAAUUCUCAGUCCACCGCUUCUUUCAUGUCUUGCCAAAAUCUUCGCAGCCAUCAGGCCAACGGAGUAAACAGCUGCCGUCGCGUUCGACAAGCGGCAAUGUCAGCACUUUAACAAGAAGGCGAAAAACCGAAUAACAAAUCCAUCGAGCAUCGACCGGAUAGGACAAAAUAUCGCAAAAAUUUAAUAACUCGACGAGUGUAAGUGAUUUGCGGCAGAGUGCGGAACAACUUUCCGCAACAAACAAAAACAGGAGGAUAGAGACUGGGGUGCAAAAAAAUUGAUUUCGUUAGCCUUUUGCCAGCACCAACUGCAUGGGUAAAGUUAUGAGAGUGAAUUCGUUACCGCCGCCCGCCCACAACUGCCACGCCCACGCCCGCUCCAAGCGACAACAGCAGAAGCAAUUGAAAAUAAAGAAAAUCGAAAUCUAUUUUAUGUUCAACAAUUUGUGCAAGAGAAAAACUUUAACGGAAAAUAACUUAUUGACACUAAAACCAAACCAAGGCAGUGAGUGAAUUACCGAAGUAAACCGCGAAACAGUUAAAGUGAUCGUUAAAGUUGUAAUCAACAUAAACCCGUAAAAACAUAAUAUUUUGUCAUAUUUCAAAACCACCAACAAAUAGAACUGGGAGGAAGAGGAUAGAGGAUAACCAGAAAUAAAGCAGUAUCUAUAAAUCCGCAUCAAAAUGGUUGGAGUUGCUGCCGAUGCCUCGCAGUCGAAUCAGCUGUCCUCGGUGAAGAACCCGAUGAUCAAGUACAUGCUGAAGACCCGGGAGAACCAUGCCAGGGAGCAGGAUCGGGACUACUCUCAUGUCUUCCGGCGGAAGACGCGGUUCGAGAUGUUCCGUUUGUCCGCCAUCGCCAUGGCAAUCGAGUUUGCCUAUGCGGCGGAGACGAGUUUCGUGUCCCCGAUCCUUUUACAGAUCGGAGUGGAUCAUAAGCACAUGUCCAUGACUUGGGGACUUUCGCCGCUGAUCGGAUUCUUCCUGUCUCCGCUGCUGGGUAGUAUUAGCGAUCGGUGCAAGCUGCGCUGGGGGCGCCGACGUCCAAUAAUUUCGAUCUUAUCAUUCGGCAUAAUGUGUGGCCUGAUCUUGGUGCCAUAUGGCAAGGAUCUGGGUCUGCUCCUUGGCGAUUCAGGAUAUAAUUACGCGGAGACGGCCUUGAAUUUCAGCACUUCCUUGGAAGGCUCAGUGGCGGCUUUGACUUCGGGUGAUCGUUCUGCAGGACCUUCCGCUUCCGACUUUAAGUUUGCCGUGAUCCUUACCAUAUUGGGCAUGGUGCUGCUGGAUUUCGAUGCGGACACUUGUCAGACACCUGCUCGCACCUAUUUGCUGGACAUGUGUGUGCCAGAAGAGCAACCAAAGGCGAUGACCAUGUUUGCGCUCUUCGCAGGAUUCGGAGGAACUAUAGGAUAUGCCAUUGGCGGUGUGGACUGGGAGACGACACACAUUGGCAAUUUUAUGGGCGGAAAUAUACCCACAGUAUUUACACUGGUCACCAUUAUAUUUGCGGUGUGCUAUUUGAUCACGGUAACCACCUUCCGGGAGAUUCCACUGCCCUUGAUCGAGCAGGAUGAGCUGUUGAGACCUCUUUCCGAACAGGCCAUCAAAAGGGAGCUGAAGAAAAAGAAUAACACCAUUUACUACAUCCAGGAGACCACUCAGCUGGAGCUGCAGAUGGCCAGCGAUGAUCCCAAGCGAGAGGAGGCCCUGCAAGUCAGUUACCAGAAUGGUUACUCACCCGCUUUGGAGAAGACGCGUGAGUCGCAGGACGUGGAAACCCAGUCGGAUUACGAGGCUCCUGUUUCCCUCAAAGCCUAUCUCAAGAGCAUCUUCAUCAUGCCCUAUUCGAUGCGAAUGCUGGCCCUCACCAAUCUCUUCUGCUGGAUGGGCCACGUCACCUACUGCCUCUACUUCACCGACUUUGUGGGCGAGGCAGUUUUCCACGGAGAUCCGACCGCUGCCCCCAAUUCAGAGGCCGCUUUGAAUUACGAAGCUGGCGUCCGAUUCGGCUGCUGGGGAAUGUCCAUAUACGCAUUUUCCUGCUCCGUUUACUCGCUGUCCGUGACCAAGCUGAUGAAGUGGUUCGGAACAAAGGCUGUCUACAUUAGUGGCAUGAUCUACUAUGGUAUUGGAAUGCUGGUCCUGGGCUUGUGGCCCACGAAGUGGGGAGUCCUGGUAUUCAGCACAUCUGCGGGUAUUCUCUACGGAACAAUCUUCACUGUGCCUUUCAUAUUAGUGGCUAGAUAUCAUGCCAAAAAUUGUUUCUGCAUUAAAAAUGGCGAGACUGUGCCGCUGAAACAGGCUCGAGGAUUGGGUACUGAUGUGGCCAUUAUCAGUAGCAUGGUGUUUGUAGCCCAGUUAAUUGUGUCCCUGUCCGUGGGUCCGCUUGUAUCCUGGAUGAAUACAACCUGUGCCGUGUUAUAUGCCUCGACGUUCCUGUCCUUCUUGGCCGCCAUAGCAGCCAUGUUUGUGUUAUAUGUCUAGGAAUUUACAGAGAUUUUUACACACAUGCAUUUUACAUAGCGUAAAUAUUGAGUAUCUUUGCCUACUUUCUGGCAGUAUCUGCUAGUGCACUCACAAUGUCGUGGCAUACUUUAAGGAUGAAACGUAUACUGUACCAUUGAUCAAUUAAAACAUUUUAUUUUUUUUUUGUAAACUGUAAACCGCAUGUGAAUUAAAUAAAUGAAU